AUGACGCGCUCCUCGCUACAGCGCACCCUGCGCCUCCUCCCCUCUGGCCACUGGGCCCCGUCCCCACUCCCGCUCAACCUCGCCCUGCGGCACCCUCGCACCCGCGCACCAGCCCCACCGCACCAGCCCGACCCGCCGCCCCGCCGACCUGCGUUCGACACGCUCGCGAGCGACGCCACGGCCGCACCUUCGCUCCAGGGCGUGCCCGCCCCGCUUGACGGCACAAAGCCCGGCGACGGCGGCGCGAGGACCGCCCUCCCGCUCGACGCGGCGGCGCACCAAGGUCCCGCCGAGGGCGCACGAGGACCACCAGUGACGAUGACGAGGAAGAGGACCGUCCUCGGCGUCGAGCUGCCGACCAAGCCCAAGCCUCCCGAGCCAGACGAGUGCUGCAUGUCGGGCUGCGCCACGUGCGUGUACGACCUGUACCUCGAAGACGUCGAGCACUUUCACGCCGAGGCGCUCGAGCGGCGCGAGAGGGUCCUCGACGUGCUCCGGCGACAGCGUGGCGGCGCAGCGGGGCGCGAGGGCGAGGGCGAGAGCGAGGGAGGACGGGCGCGGGUAUGGGGCACGAGCGAGGAGGAGGAUGGCGCGCCGAGCGGGUGGGGCGAGGCGGUCGAUGUGCUCGGGCCGUGGAGCGAUGCCGUGCGGGACCUCGCCGCCGCGGCGUCGUCGUCGGCCUCUUCCUCGUCGGCGGGCGCAGGAGCGCAGAGCGACGCCGAGCGGGCCGACGAGGCGCGCGACAAAGCCGAGCGCGAGCUCAAGCGCGCGAGGGACGCGCUCGACCCGGGCAUGCGCGCCUUCCUCGAGAUGGAGGCGCGCAUCAAGGCCAAACAGCGCGAGCAGGCCGCCUCGGCCCGCCCGGCGUCGCCCGCGCCCGGCUCGAGCUCGCUCUCGUCGAGCCCGCCUGCGCCUGCGACAUGA